AGGUCUUGAGAGCAUCAGUUCUUUCGAAUCAAGCCUAGAACUAACACGAAGAAGUGAAAAUGACAAGAAAUUCGACAGUUAGAAAUUUUAGUUUUUGUUGUGCGGUUGCAGUAAGUUCUUUGGUUUUAAUUCAAGCGAGAAUCAGUGAUAACGCAAAUGCCUUGACCAUUAAAUGGUACGACAACAUAACUGCCGAUACAGUUCAAACUGACCGCAGUUCUGAUCCAACGAAACACCUGGCGGAAUCGACCCAACUUUACACGAAGAUUAACGGUUCGCUGUUGUUACAAGGUACCAAUUUCCCGUCGGAAUAUCCGUAUUCCAUAUCCUGGAGAGAAUCGUCCGGAUUUGUUGACACCGUUUUCUACAGUUAUCAGAAGCAUCACAAUAUUAUCAUACGGCCAGAUGAUGUGUGGACGGCAAUUAUGGUCCAAUUCUCGUUGUACGUAAAUGCCAAUGCUAGGGCACUGCGCCCUUCCUUCGUCAAUUUCUACGGAAAGAAGGGAAUGGUCGUGCAAUUUUUUGGACCAGUCGACAAGAUACCAAUCAGUAGAUUUAUAGAUCGAAUCGUGAAUCUGAUCGACGAAAAUAUCAAUCCAUGGAUUUCCAGUUGGAUUAUGCCAAAUUUUACAACAACAACACAGAAUGAUAGACUGACCGCCGGUGCAGCUCUGAUGGCAACAGUGCAAAAUUAUUACGAAUACAAUUUAGAAUCAAUUUUGUGUGGCAUACCCGAGGUGACCAUUUUAGGCGACGUGAACGAUUGGAAGGAUAUUCGUCAGCGAGUGGUGAAACUCAAAGAAUUCGAACUGAACGGUCGCGACAUAUUAUAUUCGUGGUCAACGAUGCUCGUGCGCAUUUUGGACGAAUUUGUGCGAGUAAAAGAAGGUUUCCGAAAGGAUGAUGAAUUUUGGAGACAAGCAAUCCGCAUCGACUACAGUACUGUGACGGUGGAAUGCACACUCGUAGACAAGACCUACCUCAACGGAUGGAUCACAGCCUUCAGUGCUUUUGACGAGUCAGGCAAUUGGAACGGAGAUAAGAAAAUUGGUAACUCCGCUGAAUGGCUCCGAAUAGCCACCGAUAAAAUUACUCCUGGGGUUGUACAUGUUCCCAUUCAAAUUUAUGACGAAUAUGCCAGGCCUGCCCAGCGGUACUACACUGGAGCAAUAAUAACUGGACAUAUGGGACAUUCAGUGAAAUUUGACGAAAUUACGUUGCAACCGUUAAGUGGAUGGGCAAUUGCAAUCACAAGCACACCGCCAGACUAUUUAGCGUAUAAGAAAAGACCGAAAUUCGCAGCCCUUGAAGAAGAAGAAGAAGAAGAAGAAGAAGAAGAAGAAGAAGAAGAAGACGUAACAAUUUUGGAUUAAAGUUAUGAGCAAAAAUGUUGCGUUGGUUCUGC